UGUAAUUAAUCUGAGAAUUAAAAGACGUGUAGUAUUUCCAGUAAAAUCUUCAGGGCUAAUUGUAAAUUUAGCCGGUGACAAAAUUCAGUCAGAUAAUCCAGCAGUGACGUGCAGCGUUUUGUAAUGAAAUAAAUAUUAAAAAACGUAUUCAAGUAGUGGUUUAUAGUCGACUAUUUAUCUGGUAUGAUUUCCAACGAUUUAUUAUGAUGAACGACACGGAAAAAAGUACGGUUCAAAAAGUCCCCGAAAAUGAUAAAAUGGCGCUCACGUUGAUGGAAGGAGAACAAUCAUGUCAAGAGAGCACACAAGUUGAAAAUCAAUUGCGAAACAGGCUUGCUAAAUUAUCAGUUAACUUUAAAAAUGGUAGUAACCUAAGACUACUCCACAUCCUGGAUGGAGAGAGUUUGCAAAGUUUAUUUAUGUUGAAUCCAGAGUGCCAGAUAAAAAUUUUAGAAGAAACAUAUUUAAACCGAACUCGCUGUGGAUGUAAUAAUUUCAAAAUCAAAAGUGAUUGUUGCCCUCUACAAAAAGUGUCGAAAGCUUCCAUUUCGAACAAUAGUGAAUUCAACACUUUAGAAAAAUUUUCAUUAAAAGAGGAGACUGGUUCGGAACCAAAGUUUAAAACAUUAAGCAGUUCUAACUUUCCCAAAGUAAUUUAUAAGAAUUCCACUAACUGUAACGAAGAUACCUUGGUAAAUUCAAACAUAAAGUGUUUGUUUGUUCCUACUUUGAACGGAGUAAAAGACGUCUAUUCAGAUCCAUUUUUACAGAAUACUAAAAUGAUAGAAAAAAUGAAGAUUGUAAAAAAUGAAGAAAAUGAAGAAAGCCCUGCACCCGACACUAGCUCUAAUGAAUAUGCGACGAAACGUCCACUUCUUCGACGUCAGCCUGUUAAUGCAGGUAGCGAUAAAAACCACAAUGAACUUGAUAACGAAUUUGAGUUUACCCUCAAGGAAGAAAACAUAGUAUCUUUUGUUUGUAGCCCUACUCCUCCAAGAAAAUUCAAGGAUCAAUCAGAUCUUACAUUUGAUAAUGAUCCGAGUAAUGAUGAUUCUGAUCAAGAAUCUGAUAAACAUUCUGAACGUUCUUCAUCAAAAGGAGAUUCGGUAUCGGAAACCGUGAGCAAUAUUUCGUAUAAAAGUAAUAGUAAAAGUGACGUGAUGAUGAGUAGAGCACGAUUCCAUGACUGGCCUAAAACAAACAAUCUAGUAUGGCAUCCUCCAACACAACAAAAUAAUGUAGACCUCAAUUCGAUCAGUAAACCUCAUGUUUAUAGUUUACCUUCAAAUGAAUUUAUGAGGCCUAAUUUACACCAAAACGUUAUCGACUUUCAUGAACCUGUAAACCACAAUAGUUUUUUAAAUAAUCAGAAUAAACUAAAAUCUUCUUGUGCCCAAGAAACUAUUUUAUUUCGAGAAGCGUCUUUGAGAGGUUGUUAUAACCUUGAAGCUAUACUAAAGGAAAUAAGUCCUUCAUUACCAAAUGUUGAGCAAGAAGUAGUGAAGGUUAGAGAAGCAAUAUUUUCAUCAAUACGAGCCAAACAAAAUAAUGAUUGUUUAAUUUCAGACAGUGUUAUUUCUAUGAUGGACUUGAUCAAAUUAUGGAUCAAACUCAAUGCUCAUUUCGAAAGAGACGAUUUUAGAAAUAUUUUAGAAAUUUCUGGGUGUGAUAUUUCAGUAUUCCAUGACUUUUUACAGUGGCAAUAUGUUUCAAGAAUGUUUAUUGAGAAAAUGAUCCACGUCUUGAAGAAGAUUUCUCACAGAAACACUGCUGACGUGAACAAUCAUUGUCCAUCAUUCAAUCAUAGUGGCUAUCAUCGUACGCCUGCUUAUGAACUGAGUCUAAUUAAUGUAAAUCACAGCAGUGGCAAUGAUAGUAAAGAUACCAAGAUUCCAUCAUCCAAACUGGAUUUUACACAAACAAAACAUUGGAAACAGCGGCGUUUUCAACCAGAUCAAACAAACCAGGAAGUUACAGAAACGAAAAACAAGAGACUUCUAAGAUCAAACUUAACAGUUACCAAUACAUUUAAUAGUUUUCAGUUGCCUGUAAAUGGAAAUUCUGAAAUUGUGUUUGGUCAAGGUGAUAAUAGGUUAUCUUGUUACAGUCGUGAUUUUAAUUUUGAUAACAAAAAUUGUAAAAUACCAUGUAAGCUUAAUUAUUUUUCUGAAGAUUGCAGUCAGUUUUCACAUUCUUCUAAGUUCAUAAAGGACACGCCUGUUUUAACAGGAGUUUUGGAAAAGAAAGAACCUAUAAAACGCCCGUUGAUAAAUCCUAUAAAAGAACCGUGCUGUAUAAAAGGCGAGACAAAUAUGUAUGCACCAAGACUCGCAAAUGACAAUUUGAAUUGCUCCUCGACAAAUCUAAUGAAUUUGUCAGUAAGUCAUCGUUGUUCAAUAAACACACCUACCAUUCCGACUGUACCUCCUUUCUGCAAUAACCAACCGUGUUUCAUAAACGCAAACCAAUCUCUUCCUAAUUUUGGCCAAUGUCAUUCACUGAAGAAACCCAACCCGAUUCACUGCAUAGAUACUGAUUUGGGCGACUGCAUAAAAAGUAACUACAUGAAGCCUGGGAGCUAUAAUCCUCCUCAAAAGCCCUUGACGUAUCAAAAAAUCAUUAACAACAAUCUUCCCAUCGAGGACAUGCCAGUUGUCGGUAUACCAUUCCUUUACUCUAACACACAAACACCAGCGUUAAUCGUAGAAGUAUCAAAGUCCUUUGAUACAUCUCAUACUAGUCCAUCGCAGACUCAUGAUGUGCCAACCGAAAGCAGAUCUGAUGAUACUUGGAAGGUGGCUCUGACUUUGGCCGAAUCUUUCAGAGAAAAUAUGAUAGCCAGCAAAUGCAGUAGCAACCCCAAUUUAAAAGUAUCUGAGACUGUUUCUUUGAAAUCCCAUUUCCUGCUGUCUGACGGAUUUAGUCAGCACAGCUCCAACAACGAAUUGAAGGUUGAUAGUGAAACGGAGGAUUCAAAUGUUUUUGACAAAUCUACUCCAACAGAUAUUGCUAUUCCAGCUGUUGAAUCAAAACUCAAAACUACCGAUUGGCUGACAAAAUCGUUUGACUGUACGCCACCCGAAACGGACAAAGAAACCUCAAAUGCAGAGACAAAUUACGUUCGGCCCGACUGUGAAUCUUAUGGAGUUAAUAAAAGUUGUGACUCAACGAGCCAUCAAGAUAAGGUGAAACACAAACAUUGCAUGCCUGUGUCACCUGAAGAAGACAAACAGAAGGACUCGGUAAACAUAGAUAGGACAUUAAACACUGUCCCACAAACAACUAAAACCCCUCUUGUGAACCCCGCUUACCAAGAUUUAGGAUCAGGUUUCAACUUCAGAAAGCCAAAGAAAAAUAAGAAACUCCGGGAUGAGUACACAAAUGUGUUUGAAAAUAAGCCUACGUUGUUGUGUAGGAAGCCAAAAUCAAUUUUCAAAAGAUCUAUGACUAAACACAUGUUUUGUAAACUUGAAGAAAUAUUCAACUACAUUUGGAAUACUAAACUAUGUGAUUUUGAUGGCGUCGAAAUAAAGCCUGAACAGGACACGGGGAGAUUGGACUAUAAGAUCAGAAAUCCACUCUAUAUUCAAGUGUUGAAAUGCAAACUGGCCAACCACGGUUACGAUACACUUGAGCAGGCACUCACCGACUUUCAGCAGUUCUUCUUGGGAGUCAAAGGAAGAAACAAGGGAGACAAGCAGUGUAUCGAAGUCGUUGGCAUUAUGGAACAAUGUUUCCUCAAUUUAGUGGAGAAACACUUUGGACUCUUAUACCAACCCACACCGCAGUACUUUGGUCCGAUUGGUAUGGCACCCAGUUUAAAACCUCGGAGGCCGAAGAAAGCACCGCGAAGAUUUUAAGUUUUCGGUUAUCUUUCAUUGUGUUCAUCAAGACUUUCAGUUUGUAUGUGUUAGUAUUAUUUGCCUGAAUUCCUUGUGUUUGUAAAGGAAUAUUUUAAGUAUACGUAUUUAAGUAAUUAUAGGACAUCUCAGUGAAAUUAGUAGUGAACAUGCAAGUGUUGUUUUAAUUCCAGUACUGAGACUAAUUCUGGUUACACAAGGCGAUACGUUUGAUUAGGCCUAUAGUUAGUAAAUUUGUAAGCAACAUUGUAUAUAAACAAAAGUAAAAUUGCUAUACAAUAUGGUAACUUGUUUAGUUUAGAACGUAGCGGUCACUAAUGACUUUUAACAUGUGAUAAUUAGAGUAAUAUAUUGUACAUUUUGUGGUCUAAACUAUGACAAUAUUCAAAGAUAUGCUAUAGCCAUGCAAUUUUAUCAGUUGUAUGACAAAUUUAAUUUUAUGUUAUGUUUAAUCAAAAGUUACAUUUUUCUAAAGAAGUCACGAAAUCAGAACUAAUGUAAAUAGAUACUUAUUCUAUAGUAUAAUAUAAAAGUUGGAAUUGUU